AUGGACGCUUCACCGCGUUCUUCUCUUUCUUUUCCGCUCCACUCGACUGCUGACAUUCUCGCUUCUUCGCUCCAUUCAUCUGGCUUCUGUCCCUCGACACCAGGACUCAAAGACUUCGAGGAAAUCCCUCUCUUCUUUUCUCCUCCCUCGCCACUCUCGCACAAACCUCGAGACCCUCCGUCGCCCGCCCCGCCUCCCCCUUAUUCGUCCCCCUUUUCCUCUUCGCCUUCUUCCUCUUCGUCUUCUUCCUCUUCGUCUUCCUCCUCUUCGUCUUCUUUCUCUUCGUCUUCCUCCUCUGCGUCUUCCUCCUCUGCGUCUUCCUCCUCUGCGUCUUCCUCCUCUGCGUCUCCCUCCUCUUCGUCUUCUUUGCCCUGUUCUGCGCCUUUUGGACUUCCUCGGCGAGAUGAAGUUUUCUUCCCUGCUGCGGCCUCCACGGGCGGCUCCGAGAGGCGCGAAUGCGUCCGGGGAGACUUCGCCUCCGUCUCUUCGUCUCGCCUUCUCGGCCUCGAGGCGCGAGAAGUGCGGAGCGAAGGAGACAGUGGGGAUGUGACCAGCCGAGAGGAAAAGGACGAAAACAGAGCCUUUCGUCUCUCGCUUAUUGGUGCAGGACACGACUCCCUGGCCUCUGCACUCGCUUCUGCCCCGCAACCGUGGAAAAAUAUCCGGACUCUGAAUCUCCACUGCAACAAUCUGACAUCGCUCGCCGGCAUUGAGCAUCUCCAUCUCUUGGAGGAGUUGGUGGUGUCAGCGAACAACAUUUGUCGCCUUGAGGGGUUGGCGGGUCUGAAGAGACUUUGUUUGCUGGACGUCUCUGCGAAUACGCUGAGAGACGUUAGCGGCCUCGCGGGGCUUACAGCACUGGCCUCUCUGGCGCUCGCCUUCAAUCGAAUCUCCUCGCUCGACGGAUUCCAGCAUAUGUGGGGACCGCGUUAUCGCUUAGAGUCCGUCGAUUUGCGCGGGAACUGCCUAGGGGAUUUCCGGCAGCUACUCCACCUGGCGGGUUUGCACGGCCUGCGUCGUUUGCGCCUCGACGAAGAGGAAACGCGGAACGAGGCGCGAGGAGCCGAGAGACAGGGCGAGGAAGACGCGGAGGCUGCCCGGCACCUCUUGUCAGGCAACCGCAUUUGCCUCGCAAGGCGCUACCGAAAGUGCGUCUUGUUUUGCUGUCCCUCUCUGUCGCUCCUCGACGACAGAGAAGUGACGGAAGCGGAGAGAGGCCAGCUGCAAGGCGAAAACAAAGAGAUCCUAAGCGAAGAGAAGGAAGAGACAGAGGAGACAGCGGCGUGGAGCCCAAUCGACCUCGUCGCAGAGCAGGCUCAUCUGGAGCAGGCGCUGCAUCGCCUGUGUCGCACGACAGGACCAGCUCUGGAGCCCGACGCUCCUUUCGAGUCCAGUCGCGCUCACGGAGACGCCCUCGCCUGCUCUGGCCACGCCGGGUGUGGACCGGAGAGUUCGCGGUUCCCCGGCGAGUCUUCUGACGGCGAAUCUCCCUCCCUGCCAGGGCGUUCACGGAUGAAACGCGAGAAGCACUCCGGGCGGACACAAUCGGAAGAAGCGAGAAUCGCGUUUCGACGGUCGAUGCCUCUCCCCUGCAUGCGCCAAAAACAAAAGAAUCAACCAGAUGGGAAUGCAGAAAAGUCUGCCUCCGCUGGUUCUUCGUCCGUCUCUUCUUCCUCCGCCUCUUCGUCGUCUUCCUCCGCCUCUUCGUCGUCUUCCUCGUCUUUGUCGCGUUUGGGCUGUGACGCCACUCUGAGGCGCAUAGCAGAACCUAGGGGCAAGGGAGAGGCGGAGGAAGAAGACAGAGGAACAGCGGGUGAGACCGAAGCUUCGAACAAAGGUACGAAAGAGGCGCAGAAGGCGAGUUGCGAGCAAGAGCACGGGGCGGUUGACGCGGAGAGGGGAGACUUGAGGAUUCCUCGUCUUCCAUUUUUCCCUACAGGCCCAGAAAGUCUUCUUCGCGGUGUCGAGGCGCUCUCGGCUCCGCAUCUCCUGCCGCCAGAUCUCGUGCCUGCUUCUCUUGCUGGCUACCUCGCGUCUGUUCUCUUCGCUUCCGUCGCCCAGUGCCCCUCUUCUCUUCUCUCGAGCGCAAGCAAUUCUUCUGCUCAAGUGACAGCGCCUCAGCCUAAUUCCUCUUCUUCUUCCUCUUCUUCUUCGUCCAUCCCUCCAGGCGGUGGAGGAGGGUGGCAAGCCGCGUCCGACGACGGAUUCAGACGCUGUUUGGGGUCUCCGUUCCCGCCUCAAACGCUGUCUCUUCUCGCCCUUCUGUCUCUCUUCCAGCGCCGGGCUACCCGGAGCAGAAGCGGCCGAGCGCAACCGCGCUCUGCCUCCUCAGGCCCGGAGAUGAAUCACAGUUCGCGCCGUUCGCGAGAGAGACGAAGAGCCGUGAACUCCCGGAGGCGCCGAGACGGUGAGGGUGAAGAGACCAGCCCCGGCAGGGAGACCGACUCACUGAGAUAUGGCGAGUGCGUCUCUGGGCGAAGACCUCGCAUGCGAGUUGAGAAAAAAAGAGGCGACGCAGUUGCGGACACUGCCCGCGACAGGCAGGCAGAACGCGACGCAGCCUUGCUCGCAGGCCUCGCUCAGAUUGAAAUGGAACUGGGCAAGAAGGAGCAGGAGCGUAAGUUGCUGCAUCUCGCUCUCGAGGAGACGCAAGCCGCCCUGCGGCAAGCGAACGCUUCGCUUCUCCGCCUCGAAGCCGAGAGAGCGACGGGUGUGGAAGGUCCAGAUCCCGAGCUGCUGCCUGCCAAAGAAGGCCUCUCGCGUUCGGGAAAGCAGGCGCGUGAUGAAGCUGCCUCGCUGCUUCGCUGGAGCCUCAGAGGGUCGGCGCCGCUGAGGAGAGCGCGGAGGCAAGACAGGCGAACGUCGUCUGAGGGGAGAGAAUCUGGAGUCAAGUCGCGAACAGCGGUGAGGCACGCCUCCGCUCCUGGAAAGCACCCUCGAACCCGAGAUCGCUGGCCUUCUUGCGACAUCGACGUCGACUUUCUCCGACCAACUCAUCCGGCUUCGUCUAGCGGUCUUCCUCGCGACAACGAGUGCUCUGCGUCGUGGUCCCCCGAGGGGGGGUGGCUGUUUCUCGGCGUGGGAGGCGGAGGCGAGGAAGCACAGAGCACGCUUCUUCUGAAGCAGAGAGAAGACGCGUCUCCAGAAAAGGGCGAGCGGAGGAACCGCCGAGACAGGUGCGCAACGGUGGAUCGCAUGCAGCAAACGGAGGAGACAGGAAACAUCCGGCAGCAGUGGGAAGAGCGCCUUUCCGUCGCGGAGCAGACGUCGCGAGGCUUCUCGCUGCAGCUGCAGCGGCGAGAAGAAGUGGCGACGCUCGCGCAAGAGAAGCUGGAGGCGGAAAUCGCUGCGCUCCACGAGCGGCUCGGCGACAUGCAAGACAGACACGCGAGCCUGCAGUGUACGUACACCGCAGCGACGGCGCGGCUCGUGGAGGUCGAAGACCGCCUGAAGGCGAAAGAGAGAGAAGAAGCGGAGCGGAGUCGGAAAGAGAAGGAGGAGGCGGCGGAAAGGGUAGUUCUCGUGGAGCGUGUGGAGGCGCGCGCGAGCAAGGCAGAGGAAAAAGUGGAAGCUUUGGAGAAGGAGAACGACUCGCUGAAAGAGAGCCUCCGCGAGCUCCGGAGAGAAAUGGAGAAGGCGGCGGAUCGCGCAGAGAAACGAAUCCGAACCUUGACAGAGAAACACAAAACGGAGAGAGACGUGCAGGAACAGCAGUUCCGACGCCAACUGAGAAAAUUGGAAGACGCCUUCAAAGAUACGCUGCAGGACUGUCGCCGGGAGCAUCUUGCCGCGGAGGAUGCUUUCCGUGCAAGACUCCGCGAACGCGAGCGAGAAGAAGAAGAGACGCUGCAGUUGCUGCGCGAAGAAAAGCGGGCGAACGACGAUCAGGCUCAUCUCUUGCGGGCUGCCGCCAGACAGGAAGAAGAGGCGAAUCGCGCAAUCCAGAAGUUGGCCGACAAACUGGACGAGGCCUCUCGCGAGACGCAAGUGCUGCGCAGAGAAAAAGAGCGAGUUGCAGUUCUUCUCUCGCAGGCAGAAAUUCGCUCGGCGCGCGACGACGAAGAGUGCCGUCAAGCGCGGGCGCUGCUCCAGCAACUCCGGGCGGAUUUUCAGGCGUUUCGCGAGACGUGCGUCUCCCGGGAGCGAUUUGAAGCCUCGGAGAGAGAGCGGGAGACGCUGGCGAAGCGGCUGGCCAACGUGGCGGAGGCUGAGCGGCACGAGGAGACAGUCAAGGCGCUGCAGGAGGCUCGGGAGAAGGAGAAGAAGCUGACGGACGCGCUGAAGGAGGCGACGCUCACGCUGAGUGUGAAGGAGAAGAUGUUUCAGACGCAGGAGGAGCAACUCGACUCGCUGAGGAGUCAAGUGAAGACAAAAGAGGAAGCCGUCGAGGACUUGGCUGCGCGCCUGAAGAAAAAGGAGAAAGAGGCGGAUCGGAAGGUCCAAGAGUACUCCGACAGAGCCCGUGAGUGGCGGGCAAAGUACGAGGAAGAAGUCGGGCCAGUUCAACAGGCGUUGGUGGAGAGAGAAAAGGAGUACGAGGAGCUCCGCGGGGUGUAUCGGGAACUCCAGAAGAAGUUCUUCUCGCAGCAGGAGGCUCUCGAGUACGCCCAGGAGGAGUUGAAGGCACUGGCCGUCACAGUUGGAGAGAAGCACGAGCGCGACCGAGAAGAGCUGAGGCGAGCCUUGGAGAGUGAACACGAGGAUGAGAAACAGCGCCUCCGCGAGAGACUCGAAGUCGCACACGUCGCCAUCCAGAAACUGAGAGAAGAGGUGCGGGAGCGCGAGAGAGAAGGCGAGAAGAUGCGCGAAAAGUUGGAGGAAACCAAGAAGAAGAAGAAGGAGCGGGAUCUAGAAAUGCGCGUCCUGCUUGAACUCGAAGAAUCGAAGAAGGCACAAGCUGCGGAAACGGUGAAGCAGAUGACUGAUCUGCUCAGACAGCUCGACAACGAAUGCAGCGGCAAACGCGCGACCAGCAAAAACGGGGCGCGCCCAACUCUCUCGCCGUGA